UGUUGUUCCUUGUAGAUUCAGGUGGGCGCUGGAUAGACAUGCUAAUGGCACUGUCCCAGAUGGCUUCAUUCUCUUGGGCUUCUCGGAUAACCCUAGGCUAGAAAUGACCCUAUUUAUGGCGGUUUCUGUCUUUUACACAGUCACACUAGUGGGCAACACCACCAUCAUACUCCUGUCUCACCUGGACCCCCACCUCCACACCCCCAUGUACUUCUUCCUCACCCACCUCUCCAUCCUGGACCUCUGCUUUACCACCAGCUGCAUCCCUCAGAUGCUCGUGAAUUUCUGGAGUUCGGACAAGACCAUCAGCUAUUUGGGGUGUGCAGUCCAGCUCUACAUCUUCCUGGGACUCGGAGCUUCAGAAUGUGUUCUGCUGCUGGUCAUGGCCUUCGACCGCUAUGUGGCAGUGUGCCGGCCCCUGCACUAUGCAGUAAUCAUGCACCCACCCCUGUGUCACAAGUUGGCUUUCCUGGUCUGGGCAAGUGGGGUUUUUGGCACAUUGGUGCAGUCUCCCACUACCAUGAAACUCCCCUUUUGCCAUCACCACCAGGUUGAUGACUUUGUCUGUGAGGUCCCUGCACUGAUCCGCCUGGCUUGUGGAGACACACAUGUCAAUGAGCUUCAGAUCUCAGUGAUUGGUGCCAUCUUCCUGCUGGGGCCCCUGCUGCUCAUCCUUGUCUCCUAUGGCCGUAUCACCCAGGCAGUGCUGGCCAUCCAGUCCCAGAAUGGAAGGAUUAAAGCCUUCCAUACCUGCUCCUCCCACCUGGCUGUUGUUUUUCUCUUCUACUGCAGUGUCACCGCUGUCUAUAUCCAACCCCGUAGUCAUUUUUCCCAGAAAGGAGGGAAAUUUCUAACUCUCUUCUACACUGUGGUGACCCCCACUCUCAACCCCCUCAUCUAUACUUUAAGGAACAAGGACAUGAAGCAAGCUUUCAGGAGACUCCUAGGGAAAGGCAGAAUGUCCAGUGAAGAGUGA